CCCCCGCGCGCCGGCGCAGUUCGCCCUUUCCAGCUUGAGCCGCGGGGAGGGCGCCAUCAUGGGUGUCGAUAUUCGCCACAACAAGGACCGCAAGGUGCGGCGCAAGGAGCCCAAAAGCCAGGACAUCUACCUGAGACUGCUGGUCAAGCUGUACCGCUUUCUGGCCCGCCGGACCAACGCGAGCUUCAACAAAGUCGUGCUGAAGCGGCUGUUCAUGAGCAGGACCAACCGGCCCCCUCUGGCCCUCUCCCGCAUGAUCCGGAAGAUGAAACUGCCCGGGCGGGACAACAAGACGGCUGUGGUGGUGGGCACCGUGACAGAUGAUGUCCGGAUCCAGAAUGUGCCCAAGCUGAAGGUGUGUGCCUUGCGGGUGAGCAGCGGAGCCCGCAACCGCAUCCUCAAGGCUGGUGGGAAAAUCCUCACCUUCGACCAGUUGGCCCUCGCUGCACCCAAGGGCCAAGGAACCGUCCUGCUCUCUGGUCCCCGGAAGGGCCGCCGGGUGUAUAGGCAUUUUGGGAAAGCUCCUGGCACUCCCCACAGCCACACCAAACCCUAUGUCCGCUCCAAGGGCCGGAAGUUUGAACGUGCUCGUGGACGACGUGCCAGUCGUGGUUACAAAAACUGAACUCGCUCAUCUAUUAAAAAGCUUCGGGAUUGAA